GAGAAACUGUUGCUCGCAGCUUGACGUACCGGAAGUAGUAGUGUGCAGUGUGGUAUCGCGGGUUUUCGUAAAUCUCGUGGCUCUAGGACCAUGAUGCUCUGGGUGUGUGGAAACAGCGGAAGCAUCAAUACGCCGCAGUUCAUUCAAGGAAUUCUGUUCACUCACACGUGCUGUGUUUUAAACUGUGUGUCCUUCACAGCUGGAUUUAUAGGAUUCAGUCAAACAGAGGCAGUUUAAGGUGAUGCUGUGUGAGCGCUCUCCUCCACCAUGACUGAUCUGUUUGCCUGUGAAGAGCCAGCUGCAUGGAGGAGUGUGCACGACAAGUACUGGGAUGUCGUGGAGGCCAAGGCCAAAAGCAAGAAAGCUGGAAAACUGCUGAACCUCGACAAGUGGUUCCAAGAGGAGCUGCCCAUGCUCAUUUCAGGUCGACCUGUCAAACAUGUCACUCUGUCAGAGCUGGUGAAGCUGAUGGAGUGGAAGCUCACAAGAGGGAAGUUCAGGCCGAGGCUGCAGCAGCUGGUGGCGUCCAACAGUGAGGAUACUGUGGAGAAAUGUUCCAGAAAGGCCUUCAGCCUCCUGCCUGAUGUACAGGCGGCGAUCGCAGAGCUCAGCUCCCUCAAAGGAGUUGGGCCAGCCACUGCUUCAGCUGUGUUGGCGGCAGGGGCUCCAGAACUGACUGCAUUCAUGUCCGAUGAAGCCAUGGAGAGUGUGCCGGGACUAAAGCCCAUCCAGUACACAGCCAAGCAUUACGCUCUGUACCUGGGCAAGAUGGUCGAAAGAACUAAAAAACUAAACAAAGUUGAUCCCCAGCAGGACUGGACGCCCCACAGGCUGGAGCUUUGUUUGUGGGCGAUGAGCAUAGCCACUCAGCAGCAGCUCCCACUUUUAAAGGAUGUCGAUAUGAAGGGUGGUGGUGCGGCGGCGGCGGCAAAGUGCUCAGACUCUGACACUGACCAGAGACCAAAGAAGAAGCUAAAAACUAAAUGAAAUAUCAACCGUUAAACUGUUUAUAUUAAACUUAGAUGUUUGUCUGAUUUGUAUUUUUCCAAAGUAAUAAAGACUUAAAUUGA